UGUUUACAUGAACUAAAACGCAAACGACCAGAAAUGACAAAACAAAACCGUAAAUAGUACAUCUUUUAUUUUGUACGAGCAAAAGCUUUGUGUUACUUCCGGUCCCUUGUCACGUGACCUCGCCCUCGCCUGGAUACGAGAAAGCGUCCCUCCAUGGUCGCUACGGAGGGAGGGAUGGGUCGGUGUGGUUAAAAGACACUUCUGUGUACUUUCUAAUGCAGUUGGGACAACUUAUUUAUCAUGGCAGACAGCGGGAAAUGCUUCUCGGUCGUUUCAUCAACGACUCUACUAAGUUUUAACGUUUGUAAAUGCACGUUUUGGUGCUACUGGUAGCCUACAUUGAUCUACCUUAGUAUGACAGAUAAAGAUUAGUUAGCAUGCUAGCGAGCUAGCCACAUUUGCUUCAGCAUCACACAGCGACCACACCUGCCAGUGACAGCAUUUCUUUCUGUGUGUCAGUGUGGCUGCAGGUUCCUAGUAAACAUGGGCAAACUACAGAGCAAGUUUCGCAAGAGGUCUGAGCUCUACAGGACAUCUCAGGGGGAGAAGGCAGAUAACAGCUUUGACAAUCAAGUUGUGCAAUAUGAACCUGCUCAUCAAGGGUCCAUCAACACUGUGACCAGUCUCAGCCCAGAUCUGUGUGUUUCUGGUGGGAGCGACCAGGCUGUGGUGGUGUAUGACUGGAAACAAGGCCGGAUGUGUCAGUCCUUCCAGGGUCACAACCGAGAGGUUACCAAGGUGGUGUGUUAUCCAGGCAGUACUUGGAUCUUUAGCGCCUCACGGGACAAGACUGUUUUGAUGUGGGACCUAAACCAGGGGGACGAACCUAUCCAGGAAUUUUGUGGGCAUGAGUUAGUGGUUAAUGGACUAGCUAUCAGCCCUGAUGGGAGAAAGCUGUGCACUGGUUCUCGUGACAACUGGAUGUGCCUGUGGGAUAUAGAAUCUGCAAAAUGUGAACAAAGACACAACAUUUCCAGAAACCUGGUUACUCAUGUGUGUUGGGUGCCAGGCAGCUCCUCCGUAGUCCAGACCUCUGAGGACAAGACCAUAAGGGUGUGGGACAGCCGUGCAUGGCAGGUGACCAAUACUUUCCCAGCCAAGCAGUACAUCCAGACCCACUGUGAUGUUUCUCCAAAUGGAAACUACUUGGUGUCCAGCAGCAAUGGAUUUGGAGGCCAGGGCUGUGAAGCCACGCUCUGGGACCUGCGUCAGCCAGGCUGUAAAGUUGUGGAGUACAGAGGCCACCUCCAGACCACAGCUUGCUGUAUGUUUCUUCCUAGCCCUCCUAGCGGUACAGCUCGGGUGGCAACAUCCUCCCACGACAGCUCCAUCAAAAUCUGGGAUCAGAACACAGCAGUUUGUUUGGCAACUCUGUCUUUGGAUGGUGCUGGUCCACUGGUUUCUCUGUCUCCCAGUGAUGCCACCAAUCUACUGUGUGCCAGCUUCAACACUGGCCUCCACCAUAUCCAGAUGGGCUCUGGUUCAAACCAGGCUCAGGGUUCUGGGGGAGGCUCAGGUGGAGCUGGAGGCCUGGACAUAAAAGUUGUGGCCCGCUUCUGACAGCAAGUGACUCAGCAAAUAAUUUCACCUUAUACGGAUAUCAUGACUGUUCUUUUUUGUUUUUUAUAAUUUUACAUAUUUCUAUAAACAUUUUUGCUCAACUGGACUGCCAUGCAAUGAACAAAGAGAUCAGUUACAUCACCCAUUAAUUGAUGAGACUUCAAACACCAAAAUGAUCCUGCUUGGGUUGCUGCCUUCUUGGACCACGUCAGAAUAACUGGGAAAUACUCUUCAGUUUCAUGCACUGCGAGGUGGAGUUGAUGCACAUGUAGUAUUGGUUUUAUUGGUGGUGCUGAGUACAUGCUUGGAGGAUGUGUUAAUGUGGUAGGAGUGGUAUUUAAAAUGUAAAUGUAAGUAUUUGGAUGGAGCAGGAAAAUAUUUGUCAAUUCUCAGUCUGAGAGAGAAUUUAAAUCCAAAUAGAAUUCCAUACUAAGAGUAUGUCAUUAAUGUUUUCCUGGAUAAAAUUUAGAAGGUGCAGUCUUGUUUGUCAAGCACUUUGUGCAAAGUUUUUUUUAAUAUACAUCCUCCCUUUAUUGAAUUUUCAAAUAUAUAUUGGUAUACAUAAUACAAGAUCCACAAGGAACAUACAAAAUAUUAGACCGCCCUCCUUUUUCACCAACCCUCUAAUCUCUCCUCCUUAUUGUCCCAAUCCAUCCCACCACCCAAUCCUAACCCCAGACCCACCCUGGCAGGACACAGUUGACUUGAAUAGUAAGGACAAGGGCAAAAAUAAAGGAAAAAAACCCACGCACACAAAGAGAUAAAGAGCAUUGAAUUCAUACAUACAGUUUUGAUCCACACACUCUUGCAUUUCUACAUUACUAUGAGCUCUAUGAGUCAUUCCAGUUUCUUAUCCCAGCAGAAACUGGGAUAAUAAACUAUAAAAUAAGAUAUAAACAGGGGUUACAUUUAAAGAGUGAGUAGGAAGGCUCUGCUGCAACCCAUGUUUGUCUGUCUCACUGUCAUCAGACUGACUCUUGACCCAAAACAUAACAUAUUACUGAUAGUACUUGCCCAGCAUAAUGAAAAAGAUUAACCAUAGCCAAUCCUCCCUCCAUCUUGUGUCUCUCUAGCAAGCGUCUACUGAUGCACGGCUUCCUAUUGUUCCAAGUAAAUUUAAAGAGAAUUCUAUCAAUGAGAGCAUUUUGAUCAUGAAGGAACAUGUUUAAUGUAUAUUAAUUAUAGUUUUGUUCUGUAGCUUUAACCUGUCGAGCGUUAGACCAAAUGAAUUCCUACGACUGUAUAAACAUGCUUUGUUUUUAGGCUCAGUACAAUCGAUAAAGGUUUUUAAAGAUACAGAUUUUGCUAUUUUUGAACUGAAGCACAUAGCUGGUGUUUUGUACCAAUAUCCAGUAUAUUUAAAUUUGUAAAUUACUAUGCAAAAUAUCAGAGUCAUUCCCUUUUUUUUAUUAAGAUAUUGUUUGAAUAAAUAAAUGGGAAUAGAAAACAAAUUGCAAAUACAAAAGAAAGCUGCUCUCCAACCUGUGAACGUAAAACCUGCUACCAGCUGCUUACUUCAGAUAUUGUUUAAUCAACAUUAAUUAACUUUUCACAUUUUUCUUUUAUAUUCUGUGGCUACUGUGUUAGAUCUAUUUUAUUAGAACUGGCGAUUCACACUUGAUGUAUUUUAGCCCGCAAAUGCUAAUGUUAACAUCAGCAGCCUUAAGUGAGUCGAUUUGGCUGCAUAUUACAUUUCUAAUUGUUGUCAGGACAUGAGUUAAGCUACUCUUGUCUUUCAAGUGAAAGUUUAAUAAUCAUAGCUUUGUCAGUUUCAGGAGCUUAAAAAUGAAAUCAGUUAAGUUUGUAGAGAUCCAGAUGAUCAUCUCUCCCAAAGACAGUGGUUGCUAUGUCAUCCAAUUCCAUACAGCUAGAGGAACACAGUGGACAGGCCAGGAGGUGGAUCAGAGUAACUAGUUUGUACUCUCAGGUGAUUCCAGGUGCGCUCAUACGGACAUUAUUCUGAAGGUAUAAAUUGGUUUUGUACGUACUGAACGAUGGUUUGCUCAAGGUAGAUGAGACGCAGCAACAAGAGAUGCCAGCUUACAGCGAUGCUCAUUCAGCUGUGAUGUGUGUGUGAUUCAGUGCUAAAGCGUCCACAUUCAGUAAUUCAUUUUUAUAAAAUUUAAUAAACACUACAAGCAGUAGUUAACCAAAGGUAAUCAGAUAUUUCAUUUUGUGAGGAUUUAUUUUUUGGGUAUUUGUCACUGUAAACAUUACCAGUUGAUUCAUUUGAUCUAUCUGUGUUUGAUACAUUAUGAUUAAGCAAUAAAUAAGGCAUUUUAUAAUGUCUGAGGACUAAGUCUGGAUUGUACCCUUUUGUGUCAGCUGACAUUGUUAACUUGUUUGCAGCCUUAUUUAAAAUGCCUCGAGCGUACCUGUCAUUAAACAUGAGCUCACUGUGUGAGAUGUAGCACAACACAAAUUAAUCAUAUGCACACUGUGCCUGCUGUGAGGAAAAGAACUAAUUAGUACAAAUGAAAAGCCCCAUUUGUUACAUGACUGAUUAUAUCCCACUGUAUAUAAUAAAAAUAAGAAUAAUGUAAUAAACUAAAUAUUAUUA